UUUCAUAAUGAACUGCAAACACCACCUUCUGCUGAAAGGUUUCCUGCUUCUGCUUGCUAUUGCUUUCAUCCAACUGGGCAUCAUGAAUGUCAAGAAAUACAUAGCAUCUAGUUCCAGCCCCCAUCCUGCCAAAGAGUUCACCAAGCCACACAUUGAAACAUUUCUGUAUACAAAUCGCUCUUCAUGUUCUCUUGAAGAAGCUAUACUCACAAAACAGCAUGUGCCACAAAAUGAGCUGGAUGACAUUGUGAAACGCAGAGCGGAGGAGUACAGACAGCACCAAAUCAGGAUGGAAGCAGACAUAGCCAGUCUGAUUCUUGCACCAGCCAACUCUCCUCUCCAAUAUCCAAUCACAGGUUUCACAAUACCUCCAUUGAAAAAAUCUAUAGUACCAGGUCUUGCUCUUCAUGCACAACAGAGGAAGGUGUACAAGGUGUCUUUGAGUGUGACGAGUGGUGUGCUCUCAGUGGAGGAUGUUCAGGAUGGACAGCAGGUGGAUGGACAGGGCCAGAGUGAACUGACCAUCUCAUCCAGCAACCUCACACAACUCAAUGAUCUGCUGUCCAGAGUGAGCUACACCAGCAGCGUCUACCACAUCAGAACAUCAGACCUGGUUAUUUUCUCCUUUGAAGACCAUUUGGCAAUGUUUCCCAUUACAAUUAAGAGACAAUCAGUUCCUGUCCUGUUUGAUCCAGGAAAUGAUAUCAACUCACAAGUAACCAUAAUAACCAAGACCUUUCUGAGGUAUGAGGAGCUGAAAAUCCUUUUAAACAGUAUCAGGAAGUUUUACCCAAAAAUCAAGAUCAUCAUUGCUGACGACAGCAUAAAUCCUAGAACUGUGUCUGGAGACAAUAUAGAGCACUACAUCAUGCCUCCUGCAAAGGGAUGGUUUGCUGGAAGGAAUCUUGCUCUAUCACAAGUUGAAACCAAAUAUUUCUUGUGGGUGGAUGAUGACUUAGUAUUUUUGAGCGAUACCCGGAUCGAGAGCUUUGUGGAGGUUAUGGAAGCCGUUCCAGAACUGGACAUUCUUGGUGGCAGCAUGGCAGGUGAUCCGUUUCAAUUCAUUCUUGAAUAUGACGAGGGAGAUGAGGAAGAAGGCGGCUGCCUGAGUCGUAUUUACAAUCAGUUUCAUCAGCCACUUCCAGGCUUUGAUGGCUGUGUUCUAUUAGAUGGAGUUGCAAAUUACUUUUUGGCUCGGACGGAUGCAGUGAGAAGGGUUGGUUUUGACCCAUUUCUGACAAGAGUGGCCCACUCUGAGUUCUUCAUGGAUGGACUUGGCCAGUUGCUGGUUGCCUCCUGUGAAAGAUUCUCCAUUGGCCACCAGGAGCAUCGUUUUGAGGAACAAUAUAUUAACUACAGGGACCAGACACAAGCUGAUUAUAGCAAAAAACUCUCUCAUCAUUUCUUCAAGAACUAUCUGAAAUACAUCAAAUUUUAGAGGGCUUUUGUUUCAGCUUUAGUUUUGGAAGAAGUGCUUGAUUAAAGCCAUAGGCGGGAUUAGGACUGCUUUGGCUUGAUGCUUUCAGCCUUU